AUGUGUAGUGCUACAAACCCGAAUAAAUUUGAAGACCAAGUUAUAUCAGAGAUUCAAAGUAUGGUGGAUGAAUAUAAUGUUCUUGCAAAAAAUUUUAGGAUGGCAAACGAUCGCUUUUGUUCAAGUACAUGCAGAAAUGUCCGGUUGAAACUUAUUGGACGAAGGGAUUCCGAUGGAAGGACUUACAACCUCCCAACAGCUUCUGAAGUUGUUGCACUUAUUGUUGGAGAUGUUGAUACUGGUGAUAAAAGGGAUAUAGUUGUGGAAACACAAAAUGAUAGUUACAAGGUAGAUGUUAUGCAUAGAGAUAAGUUUCCUUCGGAUACUGCGUCUAAGAAAAGGGAUAGGCUUACCAUGAGAGAGUUCUUUGCUUAUCGGAUUCAAGAUCGUCGCAUUGAAUUUUCAACAAUUUUACUUUCUAGAAGGCUUUAUCAACAAUUUUUAGUUGAUGGUUGCACAAAGAUGGAAGCAGAAAGGUUGUCUUUCAUUAGAAAUAAUCAACAAGCAUUGAGAGCUGAUAAUGUCAAGAAUUUGAAGAAUGCGAUUGACAGAGGAGACACUGAUGGCAUAUCUACUGGUAAUCGUGUAAUUUUACCAGCCUCAGUCACCGGAGGUCAUAGCUACAUGAGAGAAAAUUACCAAGAUGCAAUGGCAAUUUGUAGGUGGUAUGGCUAUCCAGAUUUAUUUAUAACAUUUACAUGCAAUCCUAAAUGGCCCGAGAUCACAAGAUUUGUGAAAAAGAAGGGUCUGAGGCCUGAAGAUAGACCAGAUAUUGUUUGUUGUGUUUUUAAGAUCAAACUUGACAAGCUGGUGAAUGAUUUGAAAGAGAGAAAGAUUUUUGGAAGAGUAAGAGCUGUUGUGUAUACCAUCGAAUUUCAAAAACGCGGUCUUCCUCAUGCACAUAUACUCCUGUUCCUUCAUCGUGAUGAUAAACUUCCUAACACAGAGGACAUCGACAAGAUAAUAUGUGCUGAGUUGCCAGACAAAGAAGAGAAUCCAGAACUAUACGAAAUAGUGACUAAGUUGAUGAUACAUGGUCCAUGUGGUAAUGCUAACACGGGUGCACCGUGUAUGGUGGAUAAAAAAUGCUCCAAACAUUUUCCAAAAAAGUUUAAUGAGAUGACAAAGAUUGACGAAGAAGGGUACCCAUUUAUAGAAGAAGAGAUACUGGAGCAAAGGGUUACUGCAGCAGCUUAUCACAAUCAACAAAAUCCCGACGAUCCUGAAAAAAUUGAUGAGAUCAAGAUGUAUUAUGAUUGUCAGUAUAUUUCUCCUUGCGAGGUUGUUUGGAGGAUUUUUGGGUUUAACAUUCAUUAUAGAACACCUCCUGUUGAAAGAUUAAGUUUUCAUCUACCCGAUGAACAAAUGGUUAUGUUUUCUGAUGACUCGCAUGUUGAAUCCGUCCUUGAAAGGCCAAAUAUUGAGAGGACAAAAUUCUUAUCCUGGAUGGAAUGCAAUAAGACAUAUGAUGAGCUAGAGAAUUAA